AUGGUCUUGCCCAAGAACGCUCCUUGGUGGCUUAAAUGGUGCAGUGAGAAUCAGUUGAUUGUACUCGGUACUCUCUUCGGGGUCUCGAUUCUUGUGGGUAUUACAUUGUAUUAUUUCUGUGAGAGAAGUGGUGAUGCAUUGAUCGCGCGCGAAAACAGAAAUUUCCAGCAAGUCACGGGAAUGUCAUACGCCGAAUUCGAAGAAAGACACAAACGAGCGGGAGAACGGAUGGAUGCGGUAAAUGCAGCACGAGAAGCUGCUCGAGCAGAAGAAGAGGCACGGAAGAAGGCUCGCCGAGACGAAGAAAGACAGGCGUUCCAAUUUAUGCGCGAGAUGGAGCGAGAAAGAGAGUGGGCAAAAGAACAGCAAGCAAAGAAAGAGCGCGAAGAAGAAUUGGAAAAACAGAAACGAGAUGCCGAGCGAGAAGAUGACGACGAACCGGGACCGUCGAACCGAUUUGCACCGGAACGAGAGAGACUUGUCGGCGGAACAUCAUCUGAUGACGAGACUCCUUCCGAAUCUGACCAAGAAAGUCAAGAACCGUUGAGAACAUUCGAAACUAACGGUAUCAGAGAAACCGAACUGUGA